AUGGGGAUCCUGGAACGCAUCAAGGAGAUCGAGGCCGAAAUGGCCCGAACUCAAAAGAACAAAGCCACGGAGCACCAUCUCGGCGGCCUGAAGGCGAAGCUGGCGCGCCUGCGUUCACAGCUUCUCGAGACAAACAAAACGUCAGGAGGCGGCAAGGGCGACGGCUUCGACGUCGCGAGACAAGGAGAUGCUCGCGUGUGCAUGAUUGGGUUUCCAUCUGUUGGAAAGUCGACUUUAUUGAAUUCCUUGACGGCCACGUCAUCUCAACCGAGUGCUAUGACUGCUUCUGCCUCGGGACCGGCUGCUGACAAGGACUCGGUGAAGGUACUCUCUGCUGUCGGAGCAUACGAGUUCACGACGCUGUGUUGCCAGCCGUCGGUGUUCUACGUCAACAAUGCAAAGAUUCAACUUUUGGAUCUGCCGGGAAUCAUCGAAGGAGCUGCGGAAGGCCGAGGCAGAGGUCGCCAGGUCAUUGCUGUGGCGCACAGCUGCGAUUUGAUUCUCGUCAUCCUGGACGCCACAAAAGACGAUCGCCAGCAACAGCUUCUCACCAGGGAGCUCGAGGCGGUUGGCAUUCGCCUCAACAAACGGCGGCCAAAUAUCUCGCUGCGCAUCAAGAAAGGCGGAGGCUUGACGGUGAACUUCACCGUGCCUUGCCCCCGGCUAAACCUCAAGACCGUCCAGCAAAUCUUGCAGGAGUACAAAAUCUUCAACGCCGAUGUUGUUAUCCGCGAGGAUUGCACCGCGGACGAGUUUAUCGACGUCGUGGAAGGCAACCGGAAGUACGUCAGAUGCAUCUAUGUGUACAACAAAAUCGACAUGUUGCCUCUGGAUGAGAUCGACAAGAUUGCCCGACGGCCCUACAGCGUCGUUAUCAGCAGCGGCGCGCUGUGGAAUCUCGAGCAGCUGAAGGAGCGAAUCUGGGAGGAGCUGGGCAUCUCGCGAGUGUACACGAAGAAGAAGGGCCAGUUCCCGGAUUUCGAGGACCCGGUCGUCAUGACGGAACAACGAGGCCCCUGUACAGUAGAAACGGCCGUUGCAAUGAUUCACAAGGAACUGUUGAAGGAUUUCAAAUUCGCCCUCGUCUGGGGAUCUAGCGCAAAACACAGCCCUCAGCACGUUGGCCUAAGUCACCGCCUCGCGGACGAAGACGUGCUCCAAAUCUUCAAACGAAUAUGA